AUGACGAGCAAAGGCUUGGCAUCUCUUGGCAUUUGGCAACCGGGCCUCUGGGCCGGCUUUCUGCCGUCAGCCUGGGGCAUCCCUUACACAUCGCUCCACGCCGUGCCCAUCUUCUGCUGCCCUCUUAUCGCGGUCCCCACUCAGCCGGCCAACUGCAGAUACAUCCGAGCAAAGCGCGAUCGCAGCAGGCUGCCAAGUGUUCCCACCCUGCUUGCUUCUCCAUUUAUGCGAGCAUGCUUGGAAGCGCUUGGCUGGGGCUUGGCUUCGGAUGGGGGAGAGCCGGCGAUAUCGCACGGCAGGGCCCACAACUGCAACGUGGAGCGUUUCCCUGGGCUUCGACCGUUCGUCAUUGAUGGAAAACGCGUCUCGCGAAGUCGGGCGAGGGUGUUGGUCUGCGGGGGCGCAUUUAGCGGUCCGUUGAGCCGCAGGUGGAGGAAAGGAGGGCCCAAAAUCUCGUCGGGGUCCAGCGAUGGCUGGCUGCUGGCCUCGAAGAUGAACGCGAGGUUUGCUCUCGAUCUCCACCUCACCAGCGUACCCACAGCGUACUCACAAGCUCUAGAGUUCCGAAAGGAAUCGACGCAUCCAACCUCUAGAAGCGUUGGCAAGAUGGCCGACGCAGAGCAAGAUUAUGAAGCGAUCCGGCAGGAGAACAUUCGCAAGAAUGCCGAGCUGAUGCUCAGUCUCGGACUGGAUAGCGCCUCUACACGACUUCGCUCGCCGUCACCGGAGAGAAAGGCGCCGGCGGCCAUGAGGCGCACCAAUUCGACGUCGACACCCGGUGCAGCCGACCCGGGCUCGGCGCGAAAAUCGUCGCGUAUCGCCUCUGGCAGCCGUCCUCGAUCAUACCGCGAGAAGGACCUGCUCUCGUCCUUCAAGAGGCCCACGCAGAAGAAAGAGAAGAAGGUGCGCCAGGGCACACGUAAAAGCAGCCGCGCAUCCACCUCGUCAAGAACAAAGUACACCGACUGGAACUCGGACGAAGACGAUGACUCGGACGCAUAUGUCCCACGGUGGCGCGGUGGCAGCGCCUCGGCCCAGCAGAAUGGCCAUGCGAACGCAGGCAGCGACGACGACGACAGCGAUGAAGCGAACAGCAGCCGGGGCUCUCGCACCUUUGACCUUUCCGGUCGUCCGAUCCUCAACAAGCUAUCCAACCCAUCCGCUCCACCACUGCCUUCAAGCGGAGGCGACGAGAUCUACGAAGAGAGGAUGCCGCUACCCACACGCAAACAUGUGGCCAAGGGCAAAGGUCGCGGUGAAUUGGUCUUUGAGCCGGAGUUCUCAUCGUUCACUCCCAAUGUGACACCCGAGGAGAUGCUCCGCGGGGGCGCAUUUGGUGGCACUGCUUUUCGCGAUUACUACUCGAGGGUGCUUCAGAGACCGAUCGAUGUCGAGGCCGAGCUCAAGGAGCUGCCGCAAGAGUGGCUCGCCGGGCUUGAUGUUGACGACAUGCUCAGGAGAGACGAUCUCGAUCCUUCGCGGAACAAGUUCAAGGUCAAGGCCGGCCAAUCGCUCGAGGAAUGGGAAAAAGCUGGUUGGAUCCGUCCGCUCGAUCCCCGCGGCUGGUUCCAGUGGUACUACCGGUUCUACCUGGGGCGCCGUUCUGCGGAUGAUGCGCGACAGAUCGGUCGAUGGCUCAAGGCGUGCGGCCCCGGAGGACGCUUCCGCAAGUCACUCGCUGUCAACGUCGCAACCAAGGGAGGCGGCCGGUGGGACGAUCCCACCGUCAAUUCGGUCGUCAGACAGACACUGUGGCAGUGGGGUUACGAGCUGACAGAGAAGCACUAUAACGAAUACCUCGAUAAGGUUUGA